UUUCUGCUCAAGACUUAAGGAAGUACUUCAAGCGGCCACGAACUCCCGGUGAGUUUUUUAGUGAAUGUUUUACGCUUGACAUUUCUCGAGGUUAUUUCUAGUCGUGCUCUGCCGUGUAUUGGGACGCUUCACAAUAUGAACCCUCGGUGAUGAGCACAUUAGAAAACAGGAUCUCCAAAGAUUAUGGCACCGCACCCAGUACUGCAGGCAAUCAUUGACUUCACAGCUGGAGCUGUAGGUGGAACGGCCUGUGUGUUGAGUGGUCAGCCGUUUGACACUGUAAAGGUGAAGAUGCAGACAUUCCCUACCAUGUACCGUGGAUUCAUCCAGUGCUUCGCGGAGAACUACAAACAGGUGGGACUCUGUGGUCUGUACAAGGGAACAACUCCGGCACUCCUAGCCAACAUCACUGAGAAUGCAGUGCUCUUCCUAAGUUAUGGCCUCUGCCAAGACGUAGUCAGCUUCCUGUCUGGUAUGGACAAAGGAUCAGAACUCAGUGACUUACAGAAAGCUUCAGCUGGGUCUUUAGCCUCCAUCUUCUCUGCAAUUGCCCUGUGUCCCACAGAGUUGGUCAAGUGUCGCAUGCAGGCCAUGUAUGAAAUGGAAGCAUCUGGGAAGAUCUCCAGUGGACAGAGGAGCACAGUUUGGACAGUAGUGAAGACCGUUCUGAAGAACAAUGGGCCUCUGGGUUUUUACCAGGGUCUGACGUCGACCAUUGUCAGGGAGAUGCCAGGAUACUUCUGUUUCUUUGGGGCCUAUGAGCUGUGUCGCUCCACAUUUGCCAAGCACAUGGGCACCGAUAAGGAAGGAAUAGGUAUUCUUCCACUCAUGUUCAGUGGUGGAUUUGGAGGGGCUUGCCUCUGGUUGGUCACUUUUCCCUUAGACUGUGUGAAGUCCAGGAUCCAAGUGUACUCUUUAGCCGGAAGGCAGGAGGGAUUCAUGAGGACUUUCCUGGGAAUUGUACGCACUGAAGGUUUCACUGCUCUUUACUCUGGUCUUACUCCUACCAUGAUACGCACCUUUCCUGCCAACGGAGCACUGUUCCUGGCCUAUGAGUGCAGUCGCAAGUUCAUGAUGGAGAAAGCCAGCAUGUGAGGUGGAGGAAACCAACCUGCGCUUCGUGUCAGCAGACAUCAUCGACUGGCUCCAUUAUCUUGUUAACCAGGAAGAUGACAGACUCUGGAAGGAAAUAAAGGGACAUGAGAAAAAAAUAAAAACUAAACAAUAUCCCUGCACUGUGUGAACUUCUAAUCAAUGUUUUUAACUGUUGCUGCUGUAAAAUAUGGGGAUGAUUUGAAGUAACCUUGAGAAACCAGAGCAUGGAGAGGAGGAGACAACAGUGUUUUUAUUAAAUGGUAUUUAUAUUCUGGAAAAAAACCUUCCAACCUCUUAAUAUUGCAACAUAUGUUGGUCUUUCUUCUAUCCUAGUUCUCCAAAACAUAGAAAUUGAUUU